GGGCUUAUUUGGGCCAUCAUAAUCUCUAGUGGAUUCGGCCCAUCGACGAUCCGACGGCGGACGCCUUAAACCCUUCUCCUUCCUUUGGUCCGCCUCCUCCCCGCCCCUCCGCAGUCGCAGUGCCGCAGCAUCGUCGCCAUGGCUCUCCUCAAGAACUCCCUCAUGCUCCCGGGGCGGUUGCGCCAUGCGGCGGCGGCGCUCACUGCGCGGCGCCACGCGGCGACGUUGACGGAAGAGUACGCGCGCCGGAACUACGCCGAUAACAACUCCGAGUACAACACGGUCAUCGGAUCGCUCGUCGCUCAGCGCAGGCCCUACCUUCUGCGUGAUGCUUACGACGACAUGAUGCUUGAUGGCGUGAAGCCUGAGCGGGAAACGUUCCACACACUCAUAGUCGGUACCAUGAAAGGCAGCCGGCUACAAGAUGCGCUUUACUUCCGUGAUCAGAUGAAAGAAAUGGGUUUGAAGCCUGAUGUUAACCUUUACAACUUCUUGAUCUCCACUUGUGGAAAAUGCAAGAACUCAGAUGCAGCAAUCAUGCUUUUAGAAGAAAUGAAGGCACAUGAUGUUAAGUUGAAAGGAGAAACCUACAUUUGUCUACUGAAUGCACUUGCAUCAACAGGGCAAACUGAUCAAGUUUAUGCCAUAGUUAGUGAUAUGAGUGCUGCUGGACUUGGAUUAAACAAGUUUUGUUAUGCUGGAUUGAUAACUGCAUUCAAGAACAAGACACCAACCGCUGAGGAAACUAUGGCGAAGAUUCUUGACUUCGUCGGGCAGUCGAAAGGUUGGCAAUAUGUUGAAAGAGUAUCAAAGGACAUUGCUGAGAAUAUAAUGAUGAAUGUGUCAGAGGAAGAACUGUACAACCUCCCAACAGCAGAAUAUGUAAAUAGGCGAGGAGGAUUUGUCUUUAAACAACAUACAGUUUAUCAUGUUGCUCUCCAAGCUUGUGCAGAAUUGCGAAGCAAAGAGACACUUGAAGCACUUCUGGAAAUGUUCAAUAAGGAUAAUAGAGAUGGAUCUACUUAUGAUGCCUACAUGGUGAUGCAAGCUAUGAGGUGUUACCUACGAUGUGGAGAUAUUGAUUCUGCUGUUAAGAUGUUUGAAGAGUAUUCAAGCUCGAGGUCCCCACCCGCUGAGUUGUAUGCGACACUUGCUGAGGGAGCUAUGAUUGGGUACACUCCAAGAGGAAUGCAACUUGCUCAAGAAACUAUAGAGAAGAUGACUUCAAGAAAUUUUUUCUUGAAUGCCAAGAUGGGAACUGAUCUCCUACUUGCAGCUGCCGGUGAAACGGCUGGUGGAUAUACGACUGCAAAUUAUGUCUGGGAUCUCCUGCAAAGCCGUAAAAUCACUCCAACACUUCCUGCUGUUGAGGCAUACCACAAGGGUCUGACGGCGCGAGAGAUUCCUUCUGACGAUCCACGACUUCUCAAUGUUACCCGUGUUUUGGACAACCUGAAGCUCCGAUUUGGACCAAGAAGAAACACUCAGUAACUUAGAAACAAUAUUGUCCCUGAUACGAUGCAAUCAGUAAUUUGUCUUUGUUAGGUUUCUGGAUGCGAAGGCAUGUUUACAGUCCGAAAAACCAAGGAAGUUCAUCAGGAUGACGUAAAGCAGAACCACCAGGCAUUUGAGGGGCAUGGCAGGUGUGGGAAUCAAGGUCCGGAAACGGAAGCCAGUUGUUUCCAGGGUUUUCUCGAGAAAUCUUCACCUGCCAAGCCUGAAGACCUGAACUCGGAUGCACUGGGUUUUGAUUUGAAAUUUAAUGUAUCCUAUGUUGCCUACCAUUGUUUGACAACCAUUUAUCCGAACUUUUGAUCUAGAAGACAGCGGGAAUAUAGUUGUGCGCGAGUCAAGCUGUAGGUCGUU